AUGUUUGGAAUCCCGGUUUUGCUAGCGCUUCUAUGUGCUUCUUGGGCGCAUUACGGUGUGCCAGCAAGACAACCUGUUGGAGGCUACGGAGCUGCUCCACUGCCACCUUUUUACCAGCCAAUUUAUGCAAAGCCCGUUGUGCUCCCUGAACUGCCAGCACAAUAUCAAAUUCUCUGGCCAUUCCCCCGCCGCGAUCGCCCAUGGAGAGAAAGUAGCAGCAGCGGUACUUCAAUCGAAGAGGAUGCGAAGAAGCCAUUGUGGAUUGCGGUGACAAGGAAAUCCUCGCUCUUGAUGACAUCUGAUUACAGAAUCCUCAGCUAUGGUGUAGCUAUUGAGAAGAUCAUCAGAUGCGGUAGAGGUGGAAGAUGGAUCUCGCCGGACAUCUACGGCGAUGCGACCUCAUUUGGCUCACUUCGCUGUAUGAAGAUGUCACAAAUGAGGAAUGUCACAACUGCAUGA